AUGCCAAAAAGUGAGUCUAUUGGGGAUUACUGUAGAGUUAUUUUUGAAUGAGGAAAUCAUAUUCUGGAAUUUUGAUUUUUGAGCUUCCGAUUUCUGCUAAAUAAUUUUUACCAGGAAGAGUUAAAUAAAAACAUUAGAAAAAAAGUUGAAUUUUUUCGUGAUUGGAGAAAGAAGACAUUCUGAAGGAGACAUAUUUCAGAAAAAUCAGUAUCAAAGGGCGGAGCUACAAAAGCAGCGAAAAGGAAGAGUAAAGUUAAACCAAAAUCAAAACAAGCGCAGAAAAAAUCAGACGAUAAAAGAAGACAAAAACAAAGGAAUACGAGGUGCUUAAUUAAUUAUUUUGAAAAGUCCAUGAAAGAUACAAUAAUUCGUAUUUUUAUAGGAAGCGAAAGGAAAAAGCACGUGCUCGAAAAAAAUCGAGAACAAAAAGGACAAAGAAAUCGGGUACGAAAAAAGAAAAAGGAAAAAACAAGAAGGGAAAUACGAAUAAAGGUGAAUUGGGAUGAGUUACCGUAACUUCUUCUAACAAUUCAAUAUUUUGUCUAGCUGGUGGAAAAGAUGAAGAAGAAGGUGAAGAUGGAGAAAAUUCGAGUAGCACUUCUUCCGAUGAGGAAAUUGAGAUGAAAUUCACUGGAAUGUCGGUUGAUCAGAUGAAUAAAGUGAGAAAACAUGUACAAGAAUUGGCUAAAGAGGAAUUUUUGAGCACUUUAAAGGUGAGAUUUCUAUAUGUACUUUAUUGGGACAGAAUCUGUAUUUGAACAAAAAAAAAUAUGAUUCUAAUCAUGAGGUACGAUCGUUGAUCAGUGAUGUGAAUUUUUAGAAGUCUCAUCUUGUGAUCAGAAAAUAGAAUUGAAUGAGUGUUGAUUUUACAUUGUUAAGAUUGUUCAAAAAACAUGUGACGAAUAAAAAAGUUAUUUUUGAGCUUCUAUAAAAGUUGGAAAAUUAUCGAAAAAUCCAAAAGUGACAUAGAGUUUUAACUGAAAAUCUUAUAAUUUCUGAGGUAUUUAUAUAGGUCUGAUUAAUAUUUUGAUUAGGAAUUUUUUUUUAGGUAGAUUAUGUUAGAACAAUGAAAAUGUAUUUAAAAAUAGAUAUCUUUGACUUGUGACGCAGUUGACUUUAUCGUUUGCAAAUUCUAAAAAUUAAUUCUGAAAUGAUUUAUCAGAAUCAGAAUCAGGUCACGCAAGAAAUUUGUUUUUUGAAUUUUUUCUGAAUUUUUUUAUAAAAGGGCUUUUUUCUCGAAUAAAAAAUUGAAAUUUACUUGUCACGGGUCAGACGAAGAAUCCUCACUACAAGAAAUGUGUUAUGAUUAUCUAAUGAGUGCACAUUCUUAACAAAAGCUAACUCAUUUUUCUUUUAAUUUUUCGGUGCAUUAAUUUUCAGUCUUUUGUUUACUUGAUUAGACGUCAUUAAAAAACAAAAAAUGUACCCAAUGUUUUUUUGUCGAAGAAUUAACUUUUGAUGUUUAGGAUUUAGCAGAAGGCGGUGCUGAAAAACGAAAAAUGGAAGAAUUGGCAACAAUCGAACAAAGAAUGGCUAUAUUUCACGAUCAAGAACAACCAACAAAUCCAUCUCGCGGACCUUUUCGCUCAAAUCGAUUUGGAGCUGUUUUUCUAAUGCCCUUUGAAUAA